AUUUCUAGCAGAGACGAGGAAAGGAAAGCUGGUGGUCAGACAGCCUGUGCCAAAGGGAGCGAGAUACAUCGUGUCCAGUAUACCGAGGAGCACAGGACUGACCGAGACCAGCGACUCAGCGGCAUCUACUCUACAGACGCCAUGACAGUUCUUGCUCACCGACGACGCGGCGAGUCUUUAUAAAAAGCGUGCGGGGAUGCAAGUGCUUCUGGCUUUCUCCAUCGAAUAACACUGUGAUACUUCCUUAGAAUGCAGGUAAAGACUAUGACAAUAUAGGAAUACACCGAAUGUCUUUCAUUUGCGAUCAUUAUCAUUGUUAAGGACAGCUGUGUUUUGGGCUUGCAAAGACAACACGCUUCACUGACAGAAUGGAGUACGCAACAUUUCUUCUGCUUUCGGCACUCGUUUACACUGCGUCUUCUGUCACCCAUUAUUCUGUUCCAGAGGAGAUGGAGGUAGGCUCUGUGGUUGCUAAUUUGGCUGCAGAUUUAGGAAUCGAUGUGCAAACGUUGGGAAGACGAAAAAUCAGGUUAGAUAUCCUUGCAAAUAAGAAAUAUCUAGAUGUGAACAAAGACACCGGAGACCUGUUUAUUUUGGAGCGCAUUGACAGAGAGUAUCUUUGCACAUCAAAAACAGUAUGUUACUUAAAAAUGGAAGUCAUACUGGAAAACCCAGUUCGUAUAUUUAACAUUGAAUUGGAAAUAAUGGAUAUUAACGACAACGCGCCUUACUUUCGUAGGGAUACGAUUAAUUUGGACAUCUCUGAAUCUACAGCUGCUGGCGAGAGGUUUUCUCUUAGUAAUGCGGUUGACCCUGAUAUUGGUUCAAAUUCCAUUAAAAGUUAUCAUUUGAGUGAGAGUGCAAAUUUUGAUAUUGAAAUACAGACAGGGAGGGAUGGUUCAAAAUUUGCUGAUUUAAUACUGAAAAAAGCCUUAGAUCGCGAGGAGCAGGCCAUACAUAAUCUGAUCCUCACUGCUGUGGAUGGAGGAGUCCCCGCGCGCUCUGGCACGGCUAGCAUUAUUGUGCGCGUUCUGGACACGAAUGACAACGCCCCUCAAUUCGAUAAAGACAGUUACACUAUAAAUCUAACAGAAAACUCGCCUAUUGGAAGCCUUGUAGUGAAAUUAAACGCCACAGAUAAAGACGAGGGCUCAAAUUCAGAUUUACUUUACUCUUAUAGCUUGUACACAUCAGAGAAAACGCAGCAGACAUUCAGUCUGAAUCCUAACAAUGGUGAAAUCAGAGUGAAAGAAAUGAUUAAUUAUGAGGAUUUCAGGAUCUAUGAUAUGGAAAUUAUAGCAACAGAUAAAGGAAGCUAA